UCAUAAAUGAGUUCCCUAUAGUUGUUACCUCACUACCCUUCUUUAUUUAUUUCUGCUACUUAUUGGAACAACAACCAAUUAGUAACACUCCAAAGUUCAAACUUAAUCAUGGAGAAUAAUUUAGACCAUUGCUGUUGUUCCAAGCUCCUUCUUUUUCUUCUCCUUGGUUCAACUUCAUUGGUUUUCUUGUCACAUUUGGCUUCUGCUGCCACACCAAAACUCAACAAUGAAGAGGUGAAGGCAUUGAAAGAGAUAGGGAAGAAGUUAGGGAAGAAGGAUUGGGACUUUGGUGUUGAUCCUUGCAGUGGAAAAGGGAAUUGGAACAUGUCUGAUAAGAAGAGCUUUCAGAGCUUUGUGGCUUGUGAUUGCUUUUCCUUCAAUCAAUCUUCUUGCCAUCUUGUAAGCAUAUACUUGAAGGCAGAGAAUCUGAGUGGUACUCUUUCACCAGAGUUUUCCAAGCUCCAUUAUCUCAAGAUUUUGGACCUUAGUCGCAACCUCAUCACUGGUUCUAUACCUCAACAAUGGGCUUCCAUGAACUUAGUUGAGCUCUCUUUAAUGGGAAACAAAUUAUCAGGUCCAUUCCCUAAGGUUCUCACAAAUAUUACAACUCUCAAAAACAUAAGUAUUGAGGGAAAUUACUUUACAGGCCCCAUCCCAAAUGAGAUUGGACAGUUGAUCAAUCUAGAAAAGAUCAUUCUGUCAUCAAAUGGAUUCACUGGAACAUUGCCAGCAUCACUCUCCAAGUUAACCAAGUUGAAUGAUCUGAGGCUAAGCGAUAAUAGUUUCUCCGGGAGGAUACCGGAUUUCAUUAGUAAUUGGACAUCAAUCGAAAAGCUGCACAUGCAGGGUUGUUCUCUUGAGGGGCCUAUACCUUCUAGCAUAUCUGCAUUGACAAGAUUGAGUGAUUUGAGGAUAAGUGACCUAAAAGGUACUAAAGGCUCUUCUUUCCCACCACUGAGUAAUAUGAAAUCCAUGAAGACACUGGUACUGAGAAAAUGCUUGAUCAAAGGAAAUAUCCCUGAUUAUAUAGGAAGAAUGGAAAAACUGAAAAUGUUAGAUUUGAGUUUCAAUGGCUUGAGUGGGAAGAUACCUGAAUCUUUUUCCAUCCUUGACAAACUUGACUACAUGUUUUUAACUGGGAACAUGCUAUCAGGGACCAUAGCAAGCUGGAUCCUUAGAACUAGUAAAAAUGUGGAUAUCUCUUCGAAUAACUUCAACUGGGAUAGCUCUAGUCCAACUGAAUGUCAAAGAGGAGGGACCUUAAACCUUGUUGAGGGAUACUCCUCAUCCGCAGAUACACAAAGUAGGAUUUCUACAUGCCUUAAAAGGAACUUUCCAUGCCCUGCCUCAGUUACCAAAUAUUCUCACUCCAUGAACAUAAACUGUGGUGGACCGGAAGCAAAUGUCAGCGGCCGUGUUUAUGAAGCCGACAGAGAAGGAAGAGGUGCAUCAAUAUUGUAUUACCCUACUCAGGGAUGGGCUCUAAGCAGCACUGGAAGCUUCAUGGACAAUGACAUUGACUCUGAUCCCUUUAUUGUGACUAAUGCUUCAAGACUUGUAAAUGUCUCUGCACUCAAUUCAGAACUUUACACUACAGCUCGUGUUUCGCCCCUUGCUCUGACAUACUAUGGCCUAUGCCUUAUCAAUGGAAACUACACUGUUGAGCUUCACUUUGCAGAGAUUAUGUUUAUCAAUGACAGGUCAUUUUACAGUCUCGGAAGGCGAAUUUUUGAUGUGUACAUCCAGGGGAAAUUGGUGUUGAAAGAAUUUGAUAUCCAAAAAGCAGCUGGUGGUACUGGCAAGCCAAUUGUGAAGACAUUUAAUGCAACUGUCACAGAACAUACAUUGAAAAUUCACUUCUACUGGGCUGGAAAGGGCACAACCGGCAUACCGACUCGAGGAGUUUAUGGACCUCUAGUAUCUGCUAUCUCAGUAGAGCCUAAUUUCCCAGUACCAUCAGAAAAUGGCCACAAAACCUACAUCAUUCUGCUAGCUGCUUGUACAGUUGCUGCUGUUGGUGUACUUGUUCUUAUUUUGUUGGGUGUAAUGAGGAGAAAGGGAUAUAUAGGAGGAAGCAAUGCAGUGUAUAAAGAACUUAGGGGUAUAGAUCUGCAGACAGGAUUGUUUACUUUAAAACAAAUCAAAGCAGCAACUAAAAACUUUGAUGUAGCUAAUAAAAUUGGUGAAGGUGGCUUUGGUUCUGUUUACAAGGGGCUACUAUUAGAUGGAACUGUAAUUGCAGUAAAGCAACUCUCAUCAAAAUCAAAGCAAGGAAACCGUGAGUUUGUGAAUGAGAUAGGAAUGAUAUCAGGGCUUCAACAUCCAAAUCUGGUUAAGCUUUAUGGAUGUUGUGCUGAGGGUAAUCAGUUAAUACUGAUAUAUGAGUAUAUGGAAAACAAUUGUUUAUCUCGGAUACUAUUUGGUAAGGAUCUAGACAGAAAAGUGAAACUGGACUGGCCAACCAGGAAGAAGAUUUGUCUUGGUAUAGCUAGAGCUUUAGCUUAUCUCCAUGAAGAGUCCAGAAUCAAGAUCAUUCAUAGGGAUAUAAAGACUAGUAAUGUCUUACUAGACAAGGAUUUCAAUGCCAAAGUUUCGGAUUUUGGUUUGGCUAAACUCAAUGAAGAUGACAAAAGUCAUGUUAGCACUCGAAUUGCAGGAACAAUUGGUUAUAUGGCUCCUGAGUAUGCAAUGCGUGGCUAUUUAACUGACAAAGCAGAUGUGUAUAGCUUCGGGGUGGUUGCAUUGGAAAUCGUUAGCGGAAAGAGCAACACAAAUUACAGACCUAAUGAGGAAUUUGUUUAUCUUCUUGAUUGGGCAUAUGUCUUGCAAGAAAGAGGAAAUCUUCUAGAGCUUGUUGAUCCAGAUUUGGGGUCAGAAUAUUCAACAAAAGAGGCAAUGGUAAUGCUAAAUGUGGCUCUACUAUGUACUAAUGCAUCUCCAACACUAAGACCAACAAUGUCACAAGCAGUGAGCAUGCUUGAAGGUUGGACAGACAUUCAAGAUAUACUUUCUGAUCCUGGAUAUUCAGCAUAUAGUUCAAAUUCAAGAUAUAAGAGUAUGAGGAAUCACUUCUGGCAGAAUCCAAGUAGAUCACAAAGCAUGUCAACAUAUAGUAGUACUAUGUAUGCUGAUGCUAAUUCCUCUCACUCACUUAUUGAAACAGAAGGGAGUUACCAUCUUGUAAAAGUUAACUCAGACAUGUCAGACAACUGAUGAAAGUUUCCUUGUCACCAUGUCUAUAUAGAAAUCUGUCUCUAAUGUACAUUUGAAGAAACUCUUUUUUA